AUGAAGUUCUCCGUUGCCUCCCUCCUGGCCCUGGCCACCGCCGUCUCUGCUGGCUCCAACGUGACCUACACCACCGAGGUCGUCACUGCCCUGACCACCUACUGCCCUGAGGCCACCACCCUGACCCACAACGGCAAGACCUACACCAUCACCUCGGCCACGACCCUGACCAUCACGGACUGCCCCUGCACCGUCACCAAGCCGGUCACCACCGCCACCACGGUCUCGUGCACGACUCCCUACAACAACGCCACCGUCACGCACACCAAGGGCACUGCUUCCUACACCCCCACCCAGUCGGCUGUCGUCACUGCCGGUGCCGGCAAGGUCAUGCUGUCCGGUGCUGCCGGUGUCAUCGCCGUCGGCGCUGCCAUCCUGCUGUAA